CUCUUUUCUACAGGUGAGUUCGGCCUGUAUCCCCUCCCCAAGCACAGCUCAGAGUAAGAGUCUACGUCACGUACAGCUGCAUGUGAGGUGGCUACCCGGCCUUGAAGUUACCUGCCAUUCGGCUAUGGGUGGUAGACACAGUCGGCCAACACGCCGCUAUCCCGGGAGUCUAAUACGGUCUUUGAGCGUCCAAACCCCAGCCGACAUACCCGUGAAGGGGUUGACUAGAUCAAACUCGCAGAGUAAUUCAAGGCCUGUCAUGGCGGAGUAUCUGAAGGUCGGGGACAUGCAGGAGGCAGUUAUGGAGUGUCCUGUCUGCUCCUACGUGUUUGACAGCGAUGAUCGGACUCCGAGACUGAUGUCGUGCUGCGUCUCCUCCGUCUGUUCCACCUGCAUCACCGACAUCAUCUCCCGUGGAGGCAGCAACUGCAUCGACUGCCCCUUAUGCAGGACCAGCCAUUCUGUGACAGAGGGGGUGGAGAGUUUCCCCCUUGAACGCGUCAUGCUGAAGAUGGUGGAUUACGUCAAGGUUCAGAAGGGCCACAAGUUCCCCUGCACCGGCUGUCCUGAUGACAACCAAGCUGUGGCUCGCUGCAAGGACUGUGGUUUGUUCCUGUGUGAGGAUUGUCUUAGUGCCCAUAGAAGGAACGGGGUGACACGUGAUCACACUACCGUCAGUUUCCAGGAACUAAGGAACCAGUCAAUCCUGACUUUCGGCACCAGCCAUCACUGUGGGCAACACAAGCUCCACCCCCUUCAGUUCUACUGCCGGAAGUGUGACAAGGCCAUCUGUGUGUCGUGCACUGUGGUGGAGCACAAGGAAGUCAAUGGUCACACCAUCGUGUCCCUGGACGACAUCUGCCACGAGAGGGCGUCCCAGGCAGACUCCGUGCUGACCUCGCUGGAUGAGAGAAUUAAGUCACUAGGCGCUGACGUCGAGACCAUGACCAAAAAGAAGAAGAUUCUCAACACUUCCAAGACGGCUGCGAAGAGACAGGUUGCAUCUACAUUUGAUGCUCUUGUUGAGAGUUUAAAGCAGAGAAAGGCCAUGUUGAUGACUGAGACAGACACGAGACAUGAGGUUCACAGUACAGCCAUUGACAGACGUCUAGACGAAACAAAGUCACUGAUAUCACGUGUUGCGUCAGCCGCCGAGUACAUCAGGCACGUGCGUUCCAAGGCGGACGAGAUUGAGUCGCUUCAGUUGUUUUCCCAGGUGAAGCGAGUUCUGGAUGGGAUCAUUGACGAGGAGCCGGAAGCAGAUGACUGGGAGAGAAAGGGUUUGGGAUUCGACCCGGCCUUUGCACGUGAUGUGGACAAGCUCAUUCAGAACACAGGGGAGAUAAAGACAGUCACCUUCAUGAAAGACCAGCUCAACUCGGAGGCCCAGACUCUGUAUGUUCAACCCGCCGCCCAUCGAGAAGCCAAGAAUCUUCAGAGUCACGUGACUGUGUUCGGCCACCUGGGUGACGAGAGACAGCCCGUCCACGUGAACAGCCUCCUUGGUGACAGAGUUAUCGUCCUUGACGACGUGAAAAUCGACACAAGGCCAGCAGCAAUACACUGUCCUCGGCUUCGGUUUGAUGCAAUAUGUUUAUCACGUGAUUGCUCUACUACACCAGAGGGAGUUUUUGUCAACCGGAAGCUCCAGAAGCCAACAUCAGGGUCGGAUACGGGAUGUAGGCUAAAGGUGGGCCGACGAGCCCUAGUGUGCCCCACGCUGGGAGGAGACGGUCUUCAGCUCUGGCAGACAACAGUCAGAGCAAAGAUCAAGACAGCGUCCGCUGACAACAGUAUGAUAUUUGAAGCUGCAGUAACGCCGAGGCCUGUGGAUGCUGGGUUUGCACAGCCCUGUGGCUUCAGCUUGAACCUUAGCGACUGUCAUGUUCACAGCCAGUUAUGUCUCAAGUUACGAAAAGACGGAGAGCUUAAAGCUGACAUUCCAAUUGGCUUGAAUCAACCAGAAGUGGAGCUUAUCCUUGACCUUGGCUUCCUCCUUGACGGCACCAAGAAGCAGUUGCACGUGCUCGACCUGCCUGCGAGGAAGACGCUGGUGAGCGUGGACGGCAUGGACACCUCGACCCCUCUGUGGAUGGUGUUCUACGUGGACACACCGGAAGAGUCGGACAUUGAGGUCACGCUCGUAUCAGGGGCCGACAUUGAGGUCACUGACAAGCUGGCUGAACUACUGAAGAUGUGUGUUGAAGAACAUUGAUGUGGUGUUCGCAUGACGGGGACCAGUUGUUUUAACAAUUCUAUGUUGUGUUCACAUCACGUGAACCAGUUGUUUAACAUGUUCUAUCUGAUGGUUACAUGACAGGGACCAUUUGCUUAACAUGUUCUAUCUGAUGUUUACAUGGAGGGGACCAGUUGUUUAACAUGCUCUAUGUGAUGUUUACAUGAAGGGGACCAGUUGUUUAACAUGCUCUAUGUGAUGUUUACAUGGAGGGGACCAGUUGUUUAACAUGCUCUAUGUGAUGUUUACAUGAAGGGGACCAGUUGUUUAACAUGCUCUAUGUGAUGUUUACAUGAAGGGGACCAGUUGUUUAACAUGCUCUAUGUGAUGUUUACAUGGAGGGGACCAGUUGUUUAACAUGCUCUAUGUGAUGUUUACAUGAAGGGGACCAGUUGUUUAACAUGCUCUAUGUGAUGUUUACAUGAAGGGGACCAGUUGUUUAGCAUGCUCUAUGUGAUGUUUACAUGAAUGGGACCAGUUGUUUAAGAGGGAACAUACAGGAGCACUGGCGGACAUUUGCUAUAGUCACAAACACAAGAGAGUACAGUAUUGUGGAACACGUUUAUAUACCUGACAGUGUUGUCAACAACUCACAAACACAAGAGAGUAAAGUAUUGUGGAACACGUUUAUAUACCUGACAGUGUUGUCAACAACUCACAAACACAAGAGAGUACAGUAUUGUGGAACACGUUUAUAUACCUGACAGUGUUGUCAACAACUCACAAACACAAGAGAGUAAAGUAUUGUGGAACACGUUUAUAUACCUGACAGUGUUGUCAACAACUCACAAACACAAGAGAGUAAAGUAUUGUGGAACACGUUUAUAUACCUGACAGUGUUGUCAACAACUCACAAACACAAGAGAGUACAACAUUGUGGAACACGUUUAUAUACCUGACAGUGUUGUCAACAACUCACAAACACAAGAGAGUACAACAUUGUGGAACACGUUUAUAUACCUGACAGUGUUGUCAACAACUCACAAACACAAGAGAGUACAACAUUGUGGAACACGUUUAUAUACCUGACAGUGUUGUCAACAACUCACAAACACAAGAGAGUACAACAUUGUGGAACACGUUUAUAUACCUGACAGUGUUGUCAACAACUCACAAACACAAGAGAGUAAAGUAUUGUGGAACACGUUUAUAUACCUGACAGUGUUGUCAACAACUCACAAACACAAGAGAGUACAGCAUUGUGGAACACGUUUAUGUGGUUAGAAGUGUUCGUGAAAAUUAUAUUAUUUUCGUUUUAUGAAUAAAUGCUAGUUUCACAAG